GGCGGCGGAAACUGGGAACGCUCCGGGCUCUGUGGGCGGUGUAUGUCCCGGGGGGCGGGACCGGCGACGCGGGCCGCCUGCCUCCGAAGUAGAGUGCGGGGUUCCGGGCGUCCGGGGCCGGCGCCCGGAGGCAGAGGCCCAAGGGGGCGCGCACCGCUGGGAGGUGCGGGGAGGGGUAAGCCUGGGGCACCGCACCCGCUUCCCGCCCCUUCGCCUCUCAUCUCCGCGCAGGCAAGGCUGCUGGGACCGAGCGCGGGGCUCCGGCCGGGUCCGCGUUCCCGACUGCCGAGUAGUCCUGCUGAGCGACCCUGGAGUGCCUGUCCAGAUGUCAACCCAGCUGCCACUGGGGGUCCCUCUGGGCAAUUGAAGGCCUAGGUUGAGGCUAACCAGCCCUGAGCCUUAGGCCGGGGGAAUGGCAGCCCCCCCAGAGCCUCAGGACCAGGCUCCUGGGGAGGGAGAAGGGCUUCUGAUCGUGAAGGUAGAAGAUCCCUCCUGGGAGCAGGACUCUGCCCAGCAGGAAGACAGCAGGGAUUCAGAGGCAUGCCGCCAGCGCUUUCGGCAGUUCUGCUACGGGAAUGCGGGCGGGCCCCAUGAGGCCUUCAGCCAGCUCUGGGAGCUCUGCUGCCGCUGGCUGCGGCCAGAGCUGCACACCAAGGAGCAGAUCCUGGAGCUGCUGGUGCUGGAGCAGUUCCUGAGCGUGCUGCCCGUGGGCGUCCAGGGCUGGGUGUGCGAACGGUGUCCAGGGAGUGGUGAGGAAGCUGUUGCCUUGGUGGAGGACCUGCAAAAGCAGCCAGUGAAAGCUUGGCCACAGGAUGUACCCUCGGAGGGAGCGGAACCCGAGGCUGCAGUCCAGGGAUCCCAGGCCCAGGGGCCUCCCCGGAAGGCAGGGACACGAAGCCGGCCAUCUAUACCCUGGGAGCAGCACAGCCAUGGUGCCCAGCUUCCGGCUCUUCUUAAAGAGGGGAGCACCAGAGAGAUGACAGAUACCUGCUUUGCCACUGGGGGACCUGUGACAUUUGGAGACAUUCCCUUCUAUUUCUCCCGGGAAGAAUGGGGAUCCCUGGACCCUGCUCAGCGGGAUCUCUUCUGGGACAUAAAAAGGGAGAACUCCCGGAACGUUGCCCUGGGUUUGGGGCCCAAGAGCCACAGCGAGAGAUCCCGGCUGGAGGAGGCGGUGACGGCGCUCCCGUGCCAGGCAGUUGGCGAUGUGACCGUGUCCUGGAGGCCCGAGGAGGCUGAGACCUGGGACGGCGGGGCCUGGCUGGGGGCACCCCGGGGGCGGGCGGUGGGGGCGCGGCGGGGAAGGCCGCCCACGCGGCGGCGGCAGUUCCGGGACCUGGCGGCCGAGAAGCCGCACAGCUGCGGCCAGUGCGGCAAGCGCUUCCGCUGGGGCUCCGACCUGGCGCGCCACCAGCGCACACACACGGGCGAGAAGCCGCACAAGUGCCAGGAGUGCGACAAGAGCUUCCGCAGCUCCUCGGACCUGGUGCGCCACCAGGGCGUGCACACGGGCCAGAAGCCCUUCUCCUGCUCUGAGUGCGGCAAGAGCUUCAGCCGCAGCGCCUACCUGGCCGACCACCAGCGCAUCCACACAGGCGAGAAGCCUUUCGGCUGCAGUGACUGCGGCAAGAGCUUCUCGCUGCGCUCCUACCUGCUGGACCACCGGCGCGUGCACACAGGCGAGCGGCCCUUUGGCUGCGGCGAGUGCGACAAGAGCUUCAAGCAGCGCGCCCACCUCAUCGCCCACCAGAGCCUGCACGCCAAGAUGGCCCAGCCCGUGGGGUGAGGGCCUGAGGGGCAGCCCAGGUGGGGUCCCCGCCUGCCUGAAUCCACCAACCCUGCUGCGGGCAGGACUGCAGGGCCCCCCACUUGCAGAACCCACCUGCCCUGCAGGCCCACGGACCUGGCCAUCACCCCCCAGGCAUGGACUCCCCUGUGACCUCGUCACCAUGCCCCAGCUGCUCUGGGGGUUUUCUUGCCCCCUGGUUUCCCGGAGCCCCCGCACAUUCCAGGCAGGUGGCCUGAGCGCAGGGGAGAGGCUGGGGCACAGGGAAGUGUGAGGACUCUGGCAGGCCUGGGGUCCCCAUCCCAGAACCCCCUUCAGUCUUGCUUGGCCCUGUCGCUCUGUUCCCGACCUUCUUGGCUAGGUCUGUGGGCCAGGCCUUCUGUCCUGCCAUCCUGUGCCUUCCCACGGAGGUGGAGGCUAAGCCUCAGGGUGCUGCUGAGCUCUGGGAGAGUCAGUCCACACCUGUGAGGACCUGGGUGCUGGACGCGGCCACAGGGGCUCUCUGGCCUUCACCCCUUCCUGUUUCCAGGCAUUGACCACUCUGCCCUGUCCCAGCAGCACGGAAGCUGCCUGCCUCUGCUCUCAGCCAGCUUGCCCCCAGCUGAGUUCCUGAGAGUCACCCUCCACCAGCCUGGGGAGGGCGGUGUUGGCUCCAGGGACAGAGGCCACCUGUGCAGGCCAAGAACAGGGCUGGUGGAGGCCCGCUGCCCCUGCUGCCCCCCACUCUUCUGGAGUCUUGGGGUUUGUGGUACUUAACACUAGCACUCCGUCAGCACGUGUCGCUGACUCCCGAGGCACUGUAUUCCUUGCAGAAGGGCAUUCACAGGGACACACCACAGGCCCUCCCAAGGCGCUGGCCCAGCUGGCCUCAGAGGGCAGCAGAAAAGUUGAAUAAACGUGAA